AUGGGUCUAUGCCAUAGUUCAAAAACUUCCUCGUCGGAAACAUGGAAUGUUAAUGAGAAUCUCGGUAUUUACACAAUUAUUUGGCUUGAUAAUAACAAGAAAAAAUCUCAAAAAAAUCUUUCGAUGCAACGAAAACUUCGUACAAUAAUAAAUCAUUUAAAAAUAUUUCAAAACGAAGAUGCUUGUGAAGAAUAUAUUAAAAGCAUGUCGGACGAUGAUUAUAUUAUAUUGAUUACUAAUGAUCAAAUAGGCGAAAACUUCAUUCCACGUAUUCAUAAUUCACAACAAAUAUUUUCCAUAUAUAUUCAUGCGCAAAAUAAAAAUAUCGAUCAGCGAUGGAUGAAUCAAUUUCAUAAGAUUAAAUCUAUUUGUAUUAAUUAUGAUGAACUGAUAAAACGAAUUGAAUCAGAUCAAAUUAAAUAUAAAAAUAUUACAAAUAAAAUUCUAUUCGAAAUAUUUCAUAGCGAUGAAAAAAAUGAUUCUAACCAGAAAUUUAUCUAUUGGCAAAUUUUAAUUGAUAUUUUACUUCAAAUGGAUCCAAUGCCAAAUGAUAUGAUUGAUUUUCUUAGUUUAUGUCGGAUGCAAUACAAAGGAAAUAAAGUUCAUUUAAAUAUUAUUCGUGAAUUUCAGCAAAACUACCGGCCAGAUACUGCUAUAUGGUGGUUUACGAGAGAUACUUUUAUUUCUCAAUUAUUAAACAAAGCUUUAAGAGUACGAAAUAUGGAUUUGAUUUUUUUUCUUAGAUUUUUUAUUCAUGAUAUUGAACGACAAUUAAAAGAAUAUCGCUGUUUAACACCUAUUCAAGUUUAUAGAUAUGAAUUAAUAUCGAAUAAAGAAAUGGAAAUGCUGAAAAAUUCGAUUGGACAAUAUAUAUCAAUAAAUAAUUUUCUUUUGACGACAGUUGAUCGUAAUCUUGCACUAACUUCUUCUAAAACGCGAGUAGAGACCAAAGAUGCCCAACCAAUAUUAUUCGAAAUCGCUGCUGAUUCUAAUCUUGAUAAGACGAAGCCGUUCGCUAAAAUUAAAUCAUUAAGUUAUUUAAAUAAUGAUCAAGAUGAUGUACUAUUCAUGUUAGGAUCUAUAUUUCAAUUGAAAAAUAUUCAUCAAGAUGAUAAUGGUUUAUGGAUUGUUGAAAUGGUAUUAUCUAAUAGAACAAAUACGCAAUUAAAACCUAUUUUUACUGAUUAUAAAGAUGAUGACGACGACGACGAUCUAGAUCUUCUAUCAUUUGGUUGUAUACUAGAAAAAAUGAACGAACUAGAUGAAGCAAAAAAAUAUUACUAUCGUUUAUGUAAUGAGUUGUCCGAUGACGAUGAAUGCAUUGGUAGUUGUCUACUGAAUCUAGGUAAUAUAGAUUUUAUUAAAAAUAAUUAUGAUGCAAGUCUUGAUUGGCUAUUAAAAUCACUUGACAUAUCACUAAGAACAUUACAGCCAAAUGAUAUGUUUUUUGCACGUAUUUAUAGUAGCAUGGGUUAUGUGUAUAAUCAAAAAGAUGAUUCGAAAUCCGCAAUUGAAUAUUAUGAUAAAGCACUUAUUAUAUGGAAACAAUCAGUUGAUGAUAAUUAUUUAAAUAUAGCCGAAUGUAUAAAUAAUAUGGGAAUUAUUUAUAAACAUGAUAAAGAUUAUUUAUUAGCGUUAGAUUAUUUUAAAAAAGCAUUGAAUAUUUUAGAAAAAUAUGUUACAAAUGAUGAUUUUGAUAUAAGUAAAGCCCAUUGUAAUAUUGCGAGUACAUAUAGAACUUUCGAAGAAUACGAUCUUGCCUUAGAACAUUAUCAAUUAUCGUUGAAAAUUUUAGAAAAACAUUAUUUAUCGGAUCAUCCAAAUAUCGCUAAAGCAUUGGGUAAUAUUGGUAUUGUUUAUGCUUUAAAACGUAAUGAAGAUCAAGCAUUAUCGUAUUACGAAAGAGCCGCUGAAAUAUAUCGAAAUACAUUACCUCCGACACAUAUAAAUAAUAUUAAAAUCGACCAACUUAUUCGAAAUCUUUCAUCUCUACAUCGAAAAGUAUCGUUUGGAACGAUCGACACCAAGUGA